AUAAAGUGGUUUUCCUUCUCAUAUUUUAUUUAUUAAUAAUAACAAUAAAUUCUUUUCCCUAUUCCUAUUUUUAAAAAAAUUCUCAAAACAAAAAACCAAUAAAGAAUUAACGGCUUCAUCAGAUCUGUGUCAUUUCAUUUCUCUUCACCGGAAAAAAACUGCUUCCGAUCAUCAUGGAUGAGAAGCUCAUACAGCGAUUGGAAUCGGCGGUGUUGCGCCUGGAGGCGAUAUCUACCGGAGGCCAUCCCGCUACCUCGCCGGUCGACGCCUCCGAUGCGGCACUCGAUCCAUCCGUUGUUGCAUUCGGCGAUCUGAUCGAUCAAUAUCUCGGUAGGGUUUCCAGAGCUGCGGAGAUUAUUGGGGGACAGGUGUUGGAGGUCACCAAUAGGAUACAGGAAGCUUUCUCUGUUCAGAAAGAGCUUUUGAUUAAGCUCAAGCAAACUCAGAAACCUAACCCUGCUGGGCUGGCUGAAUUUUUGAAACCAUUGAAUGAAGUGAUUGUGAAAGCUGCUGCAUUGACAGAAGGAAGGAGAUCUGAUUUUUUUAAUCACUUGAAGGCUUCUGUUGACAGUCUCUCAGCUGUAGCAUGGAUUGCAUAUACUGGGAAGGAUUGUGGUAUGAGUAUGCCCAUUGCACAUGUUGAAGAAAGUUGGCAAAUGGCUGAGUUUUAUAGCAACAAGGUACUUGUUGAGUACAGAAACAAAGACCCAAAUCAUGUUGAGUGGGUCAAAGCUUUGAAAGAGUUGUAUGUACCUGGUUUGAGGGAUUAUGUGAAAAGCUUCCAUCCUUUAGGCCCUGUAUGGAGUCAAACAGGAAAAGUAAUUGCUCCAUCAAAAGCUAAUCCUCCAAGUGCACCUUCUGCCCCUCCUCCUCCGUCUGCGUCUCUCUUUAGUUCUGAAUCAUCUCAGGCUUCAUCUUCUAAGCCAAAAGUGGGAAUGUCGGCUGUUUUUCAAGAGAUUGGUACAGGAAAUGUCACGUCAGGUCUGAGAAAGGUUACGGAUGAUAUGAAGACUAAGAAUCGCACAGACAGAGCUGGAAUUGUUGGCGGCAGUACUGUAAAAGAAAGUCAUGCUGGUUCACGUGCAGUUGCUAAAGUAGUACCUCCGAAAUUCGAACUUCAAAUGGGCCGCAAGUGGGUUGUUGAGAAUCAAAUUGAGCAGAAAAGUCUUAUCAUUGAAGAUUGUGAUGCAAAACAGUCUGUAUAUGUUUAUGGAUGUAAAAACUCCGUGUUGCAGAUUCAAGGCAAGGUCAAUAAUAUAACUAUUGACAAUUGCAAAAAGAUGGGAGUUGUAUUUCAGGACGUUGUUGCAGCUUGUGAGAUUGUGAACAGUAAUGGGGUUGAGGUUCAAUGCCAGGGUUCAGCUCCUACAAUUUCGGUGGACAACACCUCCGGCUGCCAGUUAUAUCUGGGCAAAGACUCUUUAGAAACAUCCAUAUCCACAGCAAAGUCAAGUGAGAUCAAUGUAUUAGUUCCUAGCGCCGAGUCUGAUGGUGAUUGGGUGGAGCAUUCUUUGCCACAACAGUACAUUCAUGUAUUCAAGGAAGGCCGUUUUGAAACUACUCCAGCUUCUCACUCAGGUGGUUAAAGUUGAAGGGCAAUUGAGAGUUUCUCAUUAUUUUUACAUCAUCUUUCCUUGGAUUGCUGUAGGAGUGGCUUCAAUUCCUUGUUUCUCUGAUUCAUUUACAAUCAUCUAGUUUACCAUACAUAUUCUUGCUCGGCUGUCUGUGCUUGUUAUUUUUCUGUGGCUUGUGGAACCAUUCAGUUUUUUUGGUUGUGUGUCAGAGUUUGCUUCUGCUUGAGCUUUUUCUUUUGUUCAAUGGCAAUGCAUUUUGCAAUUGAACUAUCAGGUUUCGAAAGACCCAUACAUUUGUGUUCGAUAUCUUGGUUUGAUUCUCAAGGUUUGCAUAUUUGAGGACAGAACAAUGUACUUAAUUAAUGCUAUUUGUAUAAUUCAAAUUAGUAACUUCUAGUUUGUAUUUAUGAUAAA